GUGCGGCGUGCGCGCGGCGCGGCCAUGCCGGGCAGGAAGUCUUCCAAGGAGAAGAAGCGGCGCCGCUCGCGUUCCUGCUGCCCGGAGGGAGCCCCGGGACCGGACGGCAGCGACAGGAAGCGGCGGAGCACCGAGUCCAGCCACGGUGCCCUGGAGGAAACAAAAUGCAGUGUACUCUCUGGAGAAAAAGUGGAAGAAGCUGAACAACCCAGUGAUAUAGAAGAAGGAGGAUUAGAUCUCACUGUGUCACUCAAACCUGUCAGUUUCUACAUUGGGGACAAAAAGGAAAUGCUUCAACAGUGUUUCUGUGUCAUAGGGGAGAAGAAACUACAGAAGAUGCUGCCUGAUACUUUAAAGAACUGUUCCAUGGAUGAAAUCAAAAGACUUUGCAUGGAGCAGUUGGAGCUGUUAUCUGAAAAAAAACUGUUGAAGAUACUUGAAGGCAAGAUUGGAGCUGAUUCUGAUACUGACGAGGAGGCAGAUGGAGGAGACAAGACUGGAGGUGAUUCAGUCAGUCAACAGGACAACAGUAUAGACUCAACUUCUUCUCUGAGAGAAGACAGCAAGCUGGAAGGUCAGGAGUCAAAGCAAGGCAAGGGAGAAGAUAGUGAUGUCCUCAGCAUAAAUGCAGAUGCAUAUGAUAGUGACAUAGAAGGCCCAUGCAAUGAAGAGGAUGGUCCAGAUGUGCAAGAGAGCACUGUCAGAAGUGGAGCUGGCCAGAUAGAUGACCUUCAGAAGGACAUUGAGAAGAGUGUGAAUGAGAUUCUGGGGUUGGCAGAGUCCAGCCCGAAGGAGCCCAAAGCAGCAGCCUUAGCUGUUCCUCCAUCAGAAGAUGUUCAGCCAUCAGCACAACAGCUGGAGCUUCUGGAACUCGAGAUGAGGGCCAGAGCUAUUAAGGCUCUGAUGAAAGCUGGUGAUGUAAAGAAACAUCCAUGAGACUCUUCAGAUUUCAUUUUCAUUAUUUGUUUCGAAAAAGGUGAUGUCUGUUCUCUUCAGUGCUAUGUUUGGGUUGGGUGUGACAUUCCUCGUUCAGACUGUAUUGUGUAUCCUGACCUGUGGUUCAGUGGUUUUGUUGCCUUUAGUGUGCUGCUUCCAUGACAUUCACAAACAGUGGUUGAUGCUUCCCUGAGAUGAGGUGUCCUUGUGCUGGGUUACUUCCUCAGGGAGUCACACCACAUAUGGAGCUGUGCCAGGUAUCUGGUGCCUUCCGGAAAGGUUCUUGUAGAAACAUGGAAUCAUUGAAUGGUUACGGUAGGAAGAGAUUUGAGACUGCUUAAUUUUUCUUGGGGCCCAUCUCAUCAUAAUGUAGGUACUCUAAUUACAAUGU